GGGGCGACGUUUCGCGCCAAUUUCGGUUGGUCGGCUGCGGACCGCGGCGCAGACGGUUUUUGCUGCCCAGGCAGUGAGAGGUCUGAGCCCGCCAGCUGCUGCCGCGCAGCCCUGGGCAGCAAUGGCACUUAAGGACUACGCUCUCGAGAAAGAAAAAGUGAGGAAGUUUCUACAGGAGUUCUACCAAGAUGACGAACUUGGCAAGAAGCAGUUCAAGUAUGGGAACCAGUUGGUUCGAUUGGCUCAUCGGGAGCAAGUGGCAAUGUACAUAGACCUAGACGACGUCGCUGAGGAGGAUCCUGAGUUGGUGGACUCCAUUUGUGAGAACACCAAGCGCUAUGCCAGGCUCUUCGCUGAUGCUGUGCAAGAGCUGCUGCCUCAGUACAAGGAGAGGGAGGUGGUAAAUAAAGAUGUCCUGGAUGUUUACAUUGAGCACCGGCUGAUGAUGGAGCAGCGCAGCCGGGACCCAGGGGCAGCCCGGAGCCCCCAAAACCAGUACCCUCCUGAGCUGAUGCGCAGAUUCGAGCUGUAUUUUCAAGGCCCGAGCAGUAACAAACCUCGUGUGAUCCGUGAAGUACGGGCUGACUCUGUGGGGAAAUUGGUAACUGUGCGUGGAAUUGUCACUCGCGUUUCUGAAGUCAAACCCAGAAUGGUGGUGGCCACUUACACUUGUGACCAGUGUGGGGCAGAGACCUACCAGCCGAUCCAGUCUCCCACUUUCAUGCCUCUGAUCAUGUGCCCGAGCCAGGAGUGCCAGACCAACCGCUCAGGAGGGCGACUGUAUCUUCAGACACGUGGCUCCAAAUUCAUCAAAUUCCAGGAGAUGAAGAUGCAAGAACAUAGUGACCAAGUGCCCGUGGGAAACAUCCCUCGCAGCAUCACGGUGCUGGUGGAAGGAGAGAACACGAGGAUCGCCCAGCCUGGGGAUCAUGUCAGUGUCACCGGUAUCUUCUUGCCGAUCCUGCGCACCGGGUUCCGACAGGUGGUCCAGGGUUUACUCUCAGAAACUUACCUGGAAGCCCAUCGGAUUGUGAAGAUGAGUAAGAGUGAGGAUGACGAGUCUGGGGCUGGAGAGUUGAGCAGGGAAGAACUGAGACAAAUCGCAGAGGAGGAUUUCUAUGAAAAGCUGGCAGCCUCCAUUGCCCCGGAAAUAUACGGCCAUGAAGACGUGAAGAAGGCACUGCUGCUCCUGCUGGUGGGAGGGGUGGACCAGUCUCCUCGAGGCAUGAAGAUCAGGGGCAACAUCAACAUCUGUCUGAUGGGGGAUCCUGGAGUGGCCAAGUCUCAGCUCCUGUCUUACAUCGAUCGCCUGGCCCCCCGCAGCCAGUACACGACAGGCCGAGGUUCCUCGGGAGUGGGGCUCACGGCCGCCGUGCUGAGAGACUCCGUGAGUGGAGAGCUGACCUUGGAGGGAGGAGCCCUCGUGCUGGCCGACCAGGGCGUGUGCUGCAUUGAUGAGUUUGACAAGAUGGCGGAAGCUGACCGCACAGCCAUCCAUGAGGUCAUGGAGCAGCAAACCAUCUCCAUUGCCAAGGCGGGCAUUCUCACAACACUUAAUGCCCGCUGCUCUAUCCUGGCUGCUGCCAACCCUGCCUAUGGACGCUACAACCCUCGCCGGAGCCUGGAGCAGAACAUACAGCUUCCUGCGGCUCUGCUCUCCCGAUUUGACCUCCUCUGGCUGAUCCAGGACCGGCCUGACCGAGACAAUGACUUGAGGUUGGCCCAGCACAUCACCUACGUGCACCAGCACAGCCGGCAGCCCCCCGCCCAGUUUGAACCUUUGGAUAUGAAGCUUAUGAGGCGUUACAUAGCCAUGUGCCGGGAGAAGCAGCCCACCGUGCCCGAGUCCCUGGCCGACUACAUCACCGCCGCAUACGUGGAGAUGCGGCGAGAGGCCUGGGCUAGUAAGGAUGCCACGUAUACUUCCGCCCGGACCCUGCUGGCUAUCCUGCGACUGUCCACGGCGCUGGCGCGUCUGCGGAUGGUGGACACUGUGGAGAAGGAAGACGUGAACGAAGCCAUAAGGCUGAUGGAGAUGUCCAAGGACUCGCUUCUGGGUGACAAGGGCCAGACAGCUAGGACUCAGAGACCGGCAGAUGUGAUAUUUGCCACUGUCCGUGAGUUGGUCUCAGAGGGCCGAAGUGUCCGAUUUUCUGAGGCAGAGCAGCGCUGCAUAUCUCGGGGCUUCACACCUGCUCAGUUCCAGGCAGCCCUAGAUGAGUAUGAGGAGCUAAAUGUCUGGCAGGUCAAUACUGCCCGGACCCGGAUCACUUUUGUCUGAUUCCGACCUCUUGAGACACUGGGGUCUUGUCUACUGGGCUUACCGUGCUAACCCCCCUUCCUUUAAAGGCCUAAUGAUGCCCUGGGGGGUGGGGGAGAGGCCCAGCUGCACUUGCUGUAUUCAUUCCUUUUGCUAAUAAAGUGUGUAGAUUUGCUGCCUUCUGUUAAAACAGAA